UCUGGGAUCUCUCGCUUCGCUUUUUUCAUCGAUCUCGCGAUGUUGUCAUCCUUCUCUUCGAUCCUCCGUCGAUCUCCAAUCCAACGGCUCUGCCUUCUCCGAUCGGUCUCCGCCGGUGCGGCCGCCGGCGGGGUCGAGAAGGACCGAAGCCUCCCCGAUGGUGGUCUCCCUCCGCUUGCCAAGGCGGUCGCUGGGGCGUUUGCUGUGGGAGCAUCGGCUUUUGGGGUUUUUCUCCUUGCUUCGCCUUCGUCUGAAUCUGCGAGCUCUUUGGAGGAUCCCGGGAUCGCCAGUUUGGAGCGGCCGCGUGGGUUUUGGAAUACGAUCGCUGAGAAAAAGCCGAAAUUCUUACUUGGAGAAUCAUAUCGAAGGAGAGUAUUCUUCAACUAUGAGAAAAGAAUAAGGUUGCUAAGUUCUCCUGAAAAGAUAUUUGAAUACUUUGCAUCUUUUCAAAGUCCAGAAGGAGAGGUAUUUAUGUUACCCGCAGAUCUGAUGAGAGCAGUAGUUCCUGUGUUCCCUCCAUCCGAAUCACACGCCAUCAGAGAAGGGUAUCUUAGAGGAGAGCGCAAACCUGGUGAACUGCAUUGUGCACCAUCAAAAUUCUUUAUGCUUUUUGAUACUAACAAUGAUGGGCUCAUUUCUUUCCCGGAGUAUAUCUUUUUUGUCACAUUGCUCAGCAUUCCUGAAUCCAGCUUCAGUGCAGCAUUUAAAAUGUUUGACAUUGAUAAUAGCGGAGAAAUUGAAAGGGAUGAGUUUAAAAAGGUGAUGGCAUUGAUGCGAACCUAUAAUAGACAAGGGGCUUGCCACAAAAAUGGAUUGCGUUUAGGUCUUAAAGUAGAUAAGUCUGUGGAAAAUGGGGGCCUUGUAGAGCACUUCUUUGGCAAGGAUGGAAAUGGACGCCUCCAGCAUGAUAAAUUUGUCCAACUUUUGAGGGAUUUGCAUGAUGAGAUUGUGCGCUUAGAGUUUGCUCACUAUGACUUCAAUUCGAGGGGUACCAUUCCUGCAAAAGAUUUUGCAUUGUCAAUGGUUGCUUCUGCUGACAUUAAUCAUAUAAACAAGUUUCUUGAUCGAGCAGAUGAAUUAGAUCAAUACCCAGAUAUAAAAAGCAUGCGUGUUACCUUUGAGGAAUUCAAAGCCUUCGCAGAGUUGCGUAGAAGAUUAAAACCCUUGACCCUGGCUAUAUUCAGCUAUGGAAAAAUAAAUGGCUUGUUGACAAAGCAGGAUUUCCAAAGAGCUGCAUCUCAGGUUUGUGGUACUCCCAUCAGUGAUAAUGUGGUCAAUAUCAUUUUCCACGUCUUUGAUACGAACCGUGAUGGUAAUUUAAGCUCUGAGGAGUUCUUGAGAGUUUUGCACAGAAGGGAGACUGACAUGGCCCAGCCAGCUACCACAGGGCUCACAGGAUUCCUCUCAUGCUGGUUUAGUUGUUCCAAGCCGCGCGACUUGGAUCAGAUGGCAAUGCAGUCAUGAUCCAUCGUUCUUGACCUGCGACAACAAUCCUACAUCGUUUUACAAUUGUUCGAAAAGCCCGGUGAUAUCGAAGACUGACAUGCUAGAUAUAUAUGGAGAAUAGUAAGCUCAGUGAUAAUCGAAAAGUUCUUAGAGUAUUUAUCUUUUCGCAUCUGAUCUUUUGGGCAUGAACAGGUUUUGGCACAAUGAGAACCCUUCGGAUCUUGGCCGUGACCAUUCGGAAGAUAAAAAUAGAAAAAGGAAAGAAGGGUCUGGGAAAAUUGAAGCUGAUGGUGGGAAGAAUGGUUGUCUAGUUAGGUUUGUACAUAUAAAUAACUAUGGCGUGUCUUGCAUAGUCAUGUUGUAAAAGUUGUUUAUAUGAUAAGUUGGCAAUAGUUUUAGUUCAAUCUGGUUUAGUUACAUGUUUGGAAUAUAUAUAUAUAUAUAUAUAUAUAGCAUGGAAAUACUGUAUAUAUAUAUGCCUUGUGAGAUUCAAGAAAGCGCUGUUAGAUUUAUGUUUUUAU